AAAAUGUUUACAUGUACCCAUAACAACUGUGGCAAGAUUUUCAAGCGAUCAGAACAUCUUAAGAGGCAUAUCCGCUCUAUUCACACAUUAGAAAAACCGUUUGUCUGUCCUUACGAUGGUUGUGAUAAGCGAUUUUCAAGGUCAGACAACUUGAACCAACAUAUUCGCAUCCAC